AUGGCGACGAGUGAGGAGAAGGCGAAGGAGAAGGAAGGGAGCAACCUACUGGGCUCACCGACCUUCAAGGAGCUCGAAAAUGGUCGAUUCCAGUGCGUUGAGACAGGCCAUGAAGUGGUGGCCAAAGACAAGGAAAUUUACUCUCAGAGCAAGCGGUGCCGUUUGGGUCUGGUCGACUUUGCCCUUUCCCAUAAGAAACCUCCUCUCAACAUGUUCAAGCAAGACCCUCUUUCUCGUUCAAAGUUGGUGUGUAAGCUUACCGGGGAUACUAUCAAUAAGUCAGAGGAACACAUUUGGAAGCAUAUCAAUGGCAAACGGUUCCUCAACAAGCUAGAAGAAAAGGAAGAACAGAAGCUAAAGCCGGACGGAAUGGUAGAAAAGCUGGAUGAUCAGAACCCUGAAAUAGUACCUGAGCCGGACACAGAUGGUGUCAGAAAGAAAAAGAAGAAGAAGAAGACGAAGAAGAAGAAGAAGAAGAAGGAAAAUGGAGCUGAUGAGACUAUCUCUGAAAUAAGGAAGUCUUCUGAUGAGGAAAGUGAUUUAGAAGAAACUGACUUUUGGAUGCCUCCAGUAGGAGAACGUUGGGACUUUGAUGAGGGAGGCGAUAGAUGGGGUUCCGGUUCAGAGUCAGAGAAUGAGGAUGACGAGGUUGAUGGAGAUGUUUCAGAUGGUGCAGUUGAAGAUGGUGAGGAGGAGUCAGAAGAGCUAUCCAUGCGGACAAAAAGAAUGUCCAUAGAAAUUGGACCAAGCAGCUUUGCUUCAAGGAAGAAGAAGAGUAAAAAGAGCACCACAUGA